AAACUCGUUCUCGUACUCGAUCUCGAACUCGUACUCAAAUCUAAAAGCUCGCAACAAAAAAAUCCCACUCAGACAACCGAUAGCUCUUCGACAAAUACGACUAUCCCAAACAGAGCAUGUCCAUUCUCUUUCAUCUUAGCUGUGCCUGUAAUUCAAAACACAUGGCCAUCAGGAAGUUACGGUCUCCCUAAGCCAAGAUCAGGGUGUCCUCAUAAACAAUGGCGAGAAGGCUUCAGGUACCAAGACUCGGAAAAUCUUGAAAACACAAACUUCAACUCAAACGGGAGUCACUUCUCAGGGAAGGUGAGUCCUCAUGGGAUACGACAAGAAUUCUGCAUACACAUGGAUACACCUGGUGAAAAAAUUCCUUGGCCGCGUGGAAAAUACUGCAUUUAUAGGAAAGGGAAAACUUGUCCAACUGGUUUACAAGAAGGUUGGAUUCGAUGGGACGACGAGAACACAAAAAUUGACUUUCCAAAUUCCCUUGGAGGAGAACUUCCAGAUGGAAUAUACGGGGAAAAUACGGUCAUUUAUUUUUGUUGUAGCACGUCGGGCAAAAAAUCCACUUCCAUUUCUUUGCCGUAUGGAUCUCCAUUUUACUUGAUUGCUUACGGCUCGCACAGAUGUCAACAAGUACGAUAUCAUAAGGUGACUUCAGAAUAUCUGCAAUUUGAUGACGAAGACCAAGAAAAUUCAAAUGCUUGUAGUCGUAUAUCUCCUUACGGACCUGCAGAAGAUCCAUAUAACAACCGAAUAUACUACUGCUACUACGAACCAAGUAAGAUUUAA